CAACCUUAAUAUUAUAAAGCAACGAGAAUACUUUUUGUGCGCCAAAAAACAAAAUAACAAUAUCUAAUCUAAUACAACAUCUGGUGAUGGGCGAUCUCAAAACACUGUUUCAUGAAGCUUCGAAGCUUAACAAAUCUUUUGUUUUGAAUCAGUGGUUCGGAGCGUAUAUCAAACUGCCAAAUGUUCAUUAAAAAUCAGGUUCAUUAAAAAGACAAUUUCUUCAGUUCAAAAUAUCAUGGAAUGACGUUAUGAAACGUGAUGAAGUAAAAAGUAUGACAUUAUGCUUUGGAAUGUUGUGAAGUGAAAGAAAAGUUUCCCAAAAUAAAAAUACUCAGGUAAAGAACAGAUACUUAAGAAUAAAAGUAAAAACACUUUGUCGCUGUCCACCACUGUGUCCUAUAAAGAGUCACUUUGGAUGAGUAUAAACCUAUACAUAUUGCUUCCUUAUUGCUGCUCCAUUUAAUGUCACUAUAAUUGAGAAAAUAUAUAUUAAAAAGUGUAACUGAAAUGUAGAUAGAAAUGGAUAAAUGUGGAAAUCAUAAUCACAAAGUGAACCACUGAAAUUAUGUUUCAGGUCCCCAAUUUAGUGAUGACUGACAUAAAACAACCAGGAACAUUUUUAUAUCCAGUAACAAUAAAUUAUUACAGUGUUCUGGUUAUCUUCCUGCUCAAUUAUUGCAAAUUAAUUUAGUGUUUCAACAUCUUCAUAUUUUAAACAAUGAAUUAAAAUAUUUCACAUAUUCAUUUCCUCCUUCCUGUGCAAAGAAUUCUUACGACAGUCAGUUACCUAUUUCAGAGGUUUGAUUAGCAAAAAUCCAGAGCAACCUUUGUUAGGAAGGACAAAAAUAAAACACUGCCUGCAGCAUCAGGAAACAGAGCAAGGAAGAUCUGAACUUAUUUCCUGCCAAUGCCAUCCAACAGUACCAGAAAUUAUUAAAGAAAAGCGUUCUAUUAGAUCAUGGUGUGUACUUUCAAAGCUGAGCAAUGCUCGUCACAUGAUUAUGAAAUUACCAGUAAACAAACAUGAUUAUAUAACACAACAAUGUAGUGGCAUGCACAGGGUACCCCUUGGCUAUUACCCCCAGGAGGGCGAUUUGAAUUGGAACACGAUUUGAACCGAGGGGAACGGAAUGCCAACCCACCACCCCCACCUGGACUCGGAACUCACUUUUGCCUCUAGCCCAGCGGAGGUCUGUGCACGCCACUGCAACAAUGUCUGUAAGAAAUCUGCUGUCCUGUUCAGGAAAAAAAAAAAAAAACUAAUUCAUUUUUGGUCACUAGAGAAAAUUUUGUUUACGUAAGCUGCACUGAAAGGUGUAAAAAAAAAAAAAAACAUUAUGACACGACUGAAAAGGAAACUUCUAUCUGCCUUUAUCAGAUGAAAUGAACACAGUCAGCCUUUAUCAGAUUAAACGAACACAUGCAAUGAUGUAGAGAUGGUGGUAGAGUGACAAUUAUGCUCUGAGCUGGUAAACUAAACAUCCUAGGUUCAAAUUUUAGAAGCUAUUUGAACUGAACAGUUAUUACUCGACCGAGCCCCUAAUACCCAGGAGCCGCAGGUGUACAGUAAGCUGCCUUAACAGAAAAAAAAAGAAUAACCAAAUGAGGGGAUAAAGUAGUGUGUGGUCUUUCUUCCUCAUUAGUAAUUAUGUAGUUUAUUAUUCAUAAAUAUAUAAAUGGAGGAUCAUGUGACCCUGAAGACUAGCUGAAAAUUCAGCUGUCAUCACAUUACUGUAUUUUUGAUACAGCCUUGGUGAAGAAAACUUCUUUCAAAAACAUAAAAAAAUCUUACCAACCCCAAUAUUGACAAGAUAUAUAAUUGCUCAACUACAAAGCAUAACAUGUUACUACAGGUACUGUAACAUUAUGUGCGUCAGUAAUUGUUUGAACGGAAGUCUUUCAUCAUUUCAUGUCAAUUCCCAUAGUGACGAAUUAAAAAUCUUGCAAAGACAUUCACUUCCUUUUACAGUAAUGGGAGGUAGAAGAUAAUCAAGGAAUACCUGCCAAAAUUCCCCUCAUUCAUGUCCCACUAUAAGAGCACCUGCCAUCACCAUGCAGAGGUGCACAUCAUUCCAUGAAGAAAACACUCCUUGGACCUCACUAGGCUGAACUGUCAGAAGCAUAAUGAAGGACUUGUUUAUCAUCUAUAGCAUGUUUGUAUGCAUCAUGCUGUGUGGUCUAUGGGACAAGGCCCAGGGUCGGAGGCUUCACUUGGGCAGUUGUAAUGUGAACAUUCAUACCCAUGAACUCAGGCACCACUUCCAGCACAUUCGUCAUGGCAUGAUUUCAGGAGAUGAUCACAAGGGAAUCAGAUUACUUAGAAAAGACGUUAUGAACAGUUUACAGGCUACAGAAAGCUGCUGCUUCCUCAGGCAGCUCCUACACUUUUACAUGGAUAAGGUCUUUAUCAGCUACACCAGCAGUCAAUCCCUACAUCACAGAACCACCAGCGUCCUGGCCAACUCCUUCCUCAGUAUCACCAAGGAUCUGCGAGUGUGUCAUGCCAGUGCACACUGUGAGUGCAGUGAAGAUGCCAGACUAAAGCUCAAAGGUAUUCAAACCAUGUACGACAAGCUUGAUCAGGCAGCAGGAGCCGUGAAGGCUAUCGGAGAGCUGGAUUCACUAAUUGAAUGGCUAGAAAGUUUCCAACACCACUGAUAAUAGACCAAGACCAAUCUUAAGUGAAGCUAGAUAUUUAUUGUAUUUAUAAAGCAAUUUGACUUUAAAAACAUGAAACUCCAUUCUGGAAAGGAGAUGCCUUGGAAUAACUGCAGAUUACUUUUUCAGUAUUUGUUUCCUUGCAGUUUAUGUGAGAAUAAUUUAUUUAUGCAGGCCUAAUUAACUACAUUUUGGGCCAUAUUUCUAAGCAUAUUUGCAUGAUGCAUAAAUGUCAUGCUGCAAAGUAGACCUUUGAGGUCAGUUUUUGAUCUGUGUUUUGGAUACAUUUUUUUAUUGUAUUUAUGUCUUCAUAAAAAUGUAUAAUAUAUAAAA